CCUGCAGAGAUCUCAUGAUGCCCUUCACUGAACUAGUUAAACAUCUAAAGUAAGAACCUGUAGCCACUGCUGUUCUCCUGAUCUGACUGGAAGGCUUUAGAAAUCCCUUCACAAGGGGAAGAGAACCAGGCCAAUAGAAUAACAAAAAGAGACAGGCAGAAACAAUCAGGAAUUGCCAGUGACAAAAAGGGGAAGAGGAAAAGCAAAAACCUGAAGGGCAGAAAGAGGUAGAGUAGGAGGAAGAGAUUGGAUUCAACAUACAGCAUAGAAGCUGCUCCUUCUCCUGGCCACUGGACUGGUGAGGAUGAACUGAAAAUAGAAAGGACAAGAAGACUCCGAGCAGCUUGAGACACCAAGAGGCCACAGAACCACCUAACAGGGAUGCGUAACUCUGACAUGCUCUGCUUUGUCGUAGGGAGUUUCUUAUGGUUCCCCCAGGUGAGAGGUGAGGAAGGCUGCCUCAACCCUGAACUCUGUUCAGGUACAGAAUGGGACCGUUUGUGGUAUAUCUGGCUGGUGCUGGUGAUCGGGGGGCUCCUGCUCCUGUGUGGCCUGGUCUCUGUCUGCGUGAGGUGCUGCUUCCACUGCCAUCAGAGAGGGGACGAGUCGGGUCCCCAGCCCUACGAGGUCACCGUCAUUGCGUUUGACCACGACAGCACCCUCCAGAGCACCAUCACUUCUCUCCACUCGGUGUUUGGACCUGCUGCCAGGAGGAUAUUAGCAGUGGCACACUCCCACAACACUGCCCAGGGAACACCUCCCCUGUCCACAUCAGACACCCCUCCAGUGUAUGAAGAAGCUCUGCACAUGAGCAGGUUCACAGUUGCCAAGGCAGGGCAGAAGGUGCCAGACCUGGAUCCGGUGCCAGAGGAAAAGCCGCAGGCAUCUGCCGAGGGCAAGGAUGCCCAGCCAGCCCUGCCAGGACACUAAUGUCUGGUUUUACUAACAGCAAACAGUACAGGAUAGUUACAAGCAGAGAAUAAUUCAGCUGGGCAGGGUUUUAAGAAUUUCAGAUUAACUUCCUUAGUCAAUUGAGAAAAGAGGGGGAAAAAAGUAACUGAAAUUCCAAAUAUUUUCAGAUCUAGCAGAGUCUAAUGGCUCUGACAUCUCCUUGAGAUAAUUUGCAUUCUCCAAGCCCAUUUAUUACAUUCACACAACACUAGAAUCACACUUUGCAGAAAUAAGCAGGCAGCAGGAUCAAGGUGCUGAGCCAUUUUGUAGGUUAGUGAUCUACAGGGUGACUGCAGAUGCAGUCUCAUUCCUCUUGCCUUAAGCCUAAGUUUCCUCGGGAUGGCAAAGAGAUCUUCAAAACAGAAGAAAAAAAAAAAGAAAGACGUUUGCAAAGGUCUAUUACGACCCAAUAAUAACACCAAACUUCUGGAAAGUGCCAACCAUUUAUAGUAAAUUUAAAAAAAAUAAAAUAAAAUAAAAGUAAAUCAUCUGCAUGUAAACAAAAGACAGCAUACAUACAGACAGUCUGCCCUAAAUGCCCUGCGGGAUACAGAGAAUGUAUUUGGUUCUGAAUAGGAUAUAUAGCAAUUCUGAAAUAGUAGUCACAAGCUCUUAUAGUUGAAUUAAAAAAUAUUAUAUAUGCACAGAUCAAACAAGGGAAGGAGCAAGAACACUACCUCUGA